CAACGAAAUCCAUUUUUCAGUUGUUCGGUUCAUCCAAAAGUUUCUCUUUUUUUGAGUUUUAUGGCUUUGGUCUAGGUAUCUACUUUUGUUCAAGUGAGGGAUCGGACUAAGUGGUGCAUCGUACAUGAAUUAAGAAACAGGGUCAGAGUUGUAUAAUCCAACUUUAGGCUCGUUUGAGAGGACGAGUAGAAGUGCCGCUAACAACUCUUCACAACAACGGCCCUCUGCAUUGAUCUAAUCAUGGCAGAAGACAUACGACAGGACAAGAAAGCCAACUUCUCUGCUCUGACGGAGCACAACAACAACGGAGUGACAAAGAUUUCUGGCCUGGCCUCCAACAAAACUGGCGCCUCCAAAAAAUUAGUCAUUAAAAAUUUCAAAGACAGGCCAAAGCUAGCGGACAACUACACUGAGGACACCUGGCUGAAGCUGAGGGAUGCGGUAGGAGCCAUCCAGAACAGCACCUCCAUCAAGUACAACCUUGAGGAACUCUACCAGGCGGUGGAGAACCUGUGUUCCUAUAAAGUCUCCCCCACACUGUACAAGCAGCUCCGUCAGGUCUGUGAGGACCAUGUCCAGGCCCAGAUACAUCAGUUCAGAGAAGAGUCCCUGGACAGCCUGUCUUUCCUGAAGAGGAUGAACCGAUGUUGGCAGGACCACUGCAGACAGACGAUCAUGAUCCGGAGUAUCUUUCUGUUCCUGGAUCGUACCUACGUGCUCCAGAACUCCCUGCUCCCCUCCAUCUGGGAUACCGGGCUGGAACUCUUCCGGAACCACAUCGUGAGUGACGGGGCUGUCCAGAAGCGUACGGUCGACGGGAUCCUGGAACAGAUCGAACGCGAACGCAACGGAGAGACAGUGGACCGCAGCCUUCUCCGCAGCCUACUGGGCAUGCUCUCAGACCUGCAGGUGUAUAAAGAGUCGUUUGAGGAGCGUUUUUUGAUGGAGACUGACAGACUGUACGCUGCAGAGGGACAGAGACUGAUGCAGGAACGAGACGUGCCGGAGUACCUGCAUCAUGUGGCUCGUCGGUUGGAAGAAGAGAACGAUCGUGUCAUCAGCUACCUCGACCAGAGCACUCAGAAGCCACUUAUCUCUAAUGUGGAGAAGCAGCUGCUUGGAGAACACAUGACGGCCAUCUUACAGAAAGGUCUCAGUAUUCUGUUAGACGGUAACCGGGUGAUGGAGCUGGCUCUGCUCUACCAGCUCUUCAGUAAGGUGAAGGGAGGACUCCCCACUCUGCUGCAGCACUGGAGAGACUACAUCAAGAGUUUUGGUGGUGAGAUUGUGGGCACCCCAGAGAAGGAUAAGGACAUGGUUCAAGACCUGUUGGACUUUAAGGAUAAGAUGGACAACGUGGCCCAGGGCUGUUUCAACAGAAACGAGAGCUUCAUCAACGCUAUGAAGGAGGCCUUUGAAGCUUUCAUCAACAACAGACCCAACAAACCUGCUGAACUCAUCGCGAAGUACGUGGACUGUAAGUUGAGGGCGGGCAACAAGGAAGCUACCGAGGAGGAGAUGGAGAGAAUUCUAGACAAAAUCAUGAUCAUCUUCCGCUUCAUCCACGGGAAGGAUGUGUUCGAGGCCUUUUAUAAGAAGGACCUGGCCAAACGCCUGCUGGUGGGGAAGAGUGCCUCCGUGGACGCUGAGAAGUCCAUGCUGUCCAAACUCAAACACGAGUGUGGAGCGGCCUUCACCAGUAAGCUGGAGGGGAUGUUUAAGGACAUGGAGCUCUCCAAAGACGUUAUGAUCCAGUUCAAGCAGUACACCCAGAACCAGAGUGAGCCCAGCCAGCUGGAGCUGA